AUGUCACAAAGUGUUGUUUUGCAAGCAAGGCGUCCUUCUGAAACAUUUGAGAGUCGUAGGAACACUCUCCCCACCAGUGGCUUCCAGGAGCUUGCAUCUUCCUGGAGAGAGGCAGGCCAGAACAAGGGGGGAAAGGCUCACAGUUCAGGUAGGUGGAAAUGCCAAUUGAGUGCCCCAUAUUAUAGGAAUGCUUCCUUCCCGUGUCCCCACCCUCAUGCGCCGGACUGCUGGUAGCAUGGCUGGGAGCCAGGCGCCUGCUAAUGUCUUCAUGAAAAUGGCCUCCCAAUUUUUCUCACAGGCCCAUAGAAGUUCAGCACAAACAGUUGGGCCUGGUGAGCAUUUAAGGUCCCCAACCCUAAUCUGCGGGUUGCCAUCUGAUUGGAUUUUAUUCUGAUCCUGAUCUGAUUUGAGGAUGUAUUUUAAUUGAUUGUCUGAUUUUAUGUUAAUGUGUUAUACAUUUGAUGUUAGCCACUCAGAGCCUGGCUUUGGCUGGGGAGGGCGGGAUAUAAAUAAAAUUUAUUAUUAUUAUUAUUAUUAUUAUUCAUUUUCUUUGCAGUGAGGGAACCUUUCCCAUUUGUUCUGGUGAAAUCCCUGGAGAGAUGUGAGGACCCUCAGGUACUGGGGCAGAGGGAAGGAAGGGGUCCUUCUGAAAUACCUUUUGGGGUUCAUAGGAACACUUUUCCUACCUGUGGCUUCCAGGAAGUGCUUUUCAGAAGUAUUCUGGAUAGCUUAGAGGGGCUGGGAGCUGGGGGUACUGUUAUACAGUGGUUCCGCUCCUUCCUUCUGGGCCGUGUUCAGAAAGUGGGGGGGGGGGAUGAGUGUUCAGACCCCUGGGCUCUCACUUAUGGGGUGCCUCAGGGUUCUGUCCUCUCCCCCAUGCUUUUCAACAUCUACAUGCAGCUGCUGGGAGAAGUCAUCAGGGGGGUUGGGGUGGGUGUUCAUCAGUAUGUGGAUGAUACCCAGCUCUACCUCUCGUUCAAAUCAGAACCAGUGAAGGCGGUGAAGGUCCUGUGUGAGUGUCUGGAGGUGGUUGGAGGAUGGAUGGCAGCUGUUUUUGGGGGACAGGAGGUGGGCGGAUGUGGAGGACUCCCUGGUCCUGAAUGGGGCAACUGUGCCCCUGAAGGACCAGGUGCGCAGCCUGGGAGUCAUUCUGGACUCACAGCUGUCCAUGGAGGCGCAGGUCAAUUCUGUGUCCAGGGCAGCUGUUUACCAGCUCCAUCUGGUACACAGGCUGAGGCCCUACCUGCCUGCGGACUGUCUUGCCAGAGUGGUGCAUGCUCUGGUUAUCUCUUGCUUGGACUACUGCAAUGUGCUCUAUGUGGGGCUACCUUUGAAGGUGACCAGGAAACUACAACUAAUCCAGAAUGCGGCAGCUAGACUGGUGACUGGGAGCGGCCGCCAAGACCAUAUAACACCGGUCUUGAAAGACCUACACUUGCUCCCAGUACGUUUCCGAGCACAAUUCAAAGUGUUGGUGCUGACCUUUAAAGCCCUAAACGGCCUCAGCCCAGGAUACCUGAAGGAGUGCCUCCACCUCCAUUGUUCUGCCCGGACACUGAGGUCCAGCGCCGAGGGCCUUCUGGCGGUUCCCUCACUAUGAGAAGCCAAAUUACGGGGAACCAGGCAGAGGACCUUCUCGGUAGUGGCACCCACCCUGUGGAACGCCCUCCCACCAGAUGUCAAAGAGAAAAAUAACUACCAAACUUUUAGAAGACAUCUGAAGGCAGCCUUGUUUAGGGAAGCUUUUAAUGUUUAAUAGGUUACUGUAUUUUAGUGUUUUGUUGGAAGCCGCCCAGAGUGGCUGGGGAAACCCAGCCAGAUGGGCGGGGUAUAAAUAAUAAAUUAUUAUUAUUAUUAUUAUUAUUAUUAUUAUUAUUAUUAUUCCCUUCAACCAGGGACGCUGAGCAUAGCCAUCAUGGCUAGUUGCCUUGGAUAGGCCUCUCUCCCAUGCAAUUGUCUCACCCUCUUUGAAAGCCACCUCAUCCAAGAUGCUCUUGUGGGCAUCUGAUUCUCCUUGGCUUCCUUAUUCCUGCAAGGAGCUGGCUCUUGUGAGAUCAGCUGUCUGAUCUUGUUCUCUCACCAUACAAAGUUCUAGCUGGUUCCCAAUUACCUGACAACUGCAGAAAGUCUACAACUUUGGUGCAUCGAACUUGCCCCUUCCUUCACAGGGCCACACUUCCAGGGACGCUUCUCGGUUUCCAGCUCCCAAGAUGAUGGACAAAGCAGAAGGAAACAAUCUGCGCGGUUUCCGGCUGCUGUUUCUGCAUCCCAGUGCAGCCCAUCCAAGGCGCUGAUGGAAGGCAUGCAGAAACAGCUUGCUCCUCAUGCCUCUUCUCCAGCACCCCUUCUCUGUGUGGGCAUGGCUCCGUCUCGGCCUUUGACUGCCAGAUCUUUGGUGCAGAAGCAACAGCCAAAGCUUCCUCCGAUUAAGACUGCUGCUCAGCUAAUUUCUGAGAAAGAGAAGACUUUGGCUGCUGCUUCUGAGCUAGGCUGGCCGGGACAGAGAUGAUAAUACAACAAAACAACAACACCACAAACUGGCUUAUAAGUAUAAAACCAAAUUUACUAGAAUAAUAGCUAGAAUAGAGGUAGACUUGUAACCAUUCAAACAACAAACAUACUGAAAUAUGAAAAAGUUUUUCAAAGCUGUUUUUCAAAGAUUGAACUGGAUGAGAUGUUCUUCAAUGGGUCUUGAGUUGGGAACACAAAGCCGUAUGCAUGGAUCAGUCACGGGAAGGCAAAUCAAAGCCACCACCCUGGUGAGAAUAACGCAAGUGGGCAAAAGGAGACCUGUUCUCCAGAUAUAUUACAGGUUUCCUGUGAUUUCAUAUUCUCCAGUGUGCUACCCUUACUGUUGUGGUGGCACGGGGUUGCCAUUUUGUGAUUGGACUUACGUUACUUGUUGAACGGUUCAUUUAUCCUGUCUGUAUAACGUUUACGGCACAUGUAACUUGUUAAGAUAGAGUUGUACAUUUAUCAACUCCAUGAUUACAGUACAGUGGUACCUCGGGUUAAGUACUUAAUGUGUUCCGGAAUUAAACUGUUCCUAACCUGAAGCACCACUUUAGCUAAUGGGGCCUCCUGCUGCUGCCACGCCGCCGGAGCCCGAUUUCUGUUCUCAUCCUGAAGCAACCCGAGGUAGUAUUUCUGGGUUAGUGGAGUCUGUAACCUGAAGCGUCUGUAACCUGAAGCGCCUGUAACCUGAAGUGUAUGUAACCUGAGGUACCACUGUAUCUCCAGGCUUUGUCAUGCACAUGGCACCUUAGUAUGUUUGUUGUUUGAAUGGUUACAAGUCUAUCUCUAUUCUAGCUAUUAUUCUAGUUAACUUGGUUUUAUACUUAUAAGCCAGUUUGUGGUGUUGUUGUUUUGUUGUAUUAUUAUUACUGUCACCACAUUUGAUAGUUUGUGUAUAUACGGGACAGAGAUGAGACACUCAUACAGAGGCCAAGUGGGGAAAGCUUGUAAGAUCAGGUAGGAGGAAAUGCCCCCUUCCCAGAUCCCCCACCCUCCUGGCCCAGACUGGGGCUAGCAUGGCUGGGAGCCAGACGCCUGCUGAUGUCUCCGUUUGUUUUGCAGUGAGGGAAAGAUUCAGAAUGGAAACCGUUGCAUCCUGGGAGGGACUGGAGCCCAGACGAAGGACUGUUGGGGGGAGGAGGAGGCAGGGGCGAAAGAAGGCUAACCGGCACCCGGUGUGGGGUGUCGGGAGUGGGGCAAACUGCCCGGUGGUGCAUGUGUGGCACCGCUACGUACGGCAGAUGCAUGACGCCACUACAUAUGGAGCACACACAUGCACCAUACGUAAUGGUGCCACUCAUGCACCACUGGGCGGUUGCCGACAUAACUGCUCAAGCACUGCAUGGACAGCAGCAGGAUCCUCCGCUCACGGCUGCAGCGGCGGUGGCAGGGAUCCUCCGCACACAGCUGUGAUGGCGCAAUGGUGGUAGCUCGCGCCGCCGCGCCUGGGGGUUGCGGAAUGAGCCCCCCGUGGGGUGGCUUCUUGUCACCUCCCUCAGAGAUGGCACCCGGGGGCACACCGCGCCCCUCCACUCCCCCUUCCUCCGCCACCUGGAGGAGGAGCCUUAGGAAACACACUAGAAGGGCCUAGCCUACAGGAUCAGGCCAAGGGCUCACCUGGUCCAGCCUCCUCUUCUGCCAGGGGCCACCCAGAUGCCACUGGGAAAGCCACAAACAGGAUCCGAGCCCAAGAGCCCUCUGCCAACCUGUGACUUCCUGCAACGGCUUUUAUGAAGCAUUCUUUCCUCCAUCAGGACUAGUAGUCUUUCACCGCUUCCUCCUUCAGUCAGUUGCCUAAUCAUCUUUUAAAGCCAUGCAGUCAGAGAUGCAGCAGAAGAGCUCUUCUGCUGCAUCUCCUGGUCAUCUGAUGUUUCCUGCCAAAAGGCGGCUCUUGUGAGGUCCGCAGUGGGAUCUCCUUUAAGUCCCUAGGAUGGGUGUGACAGCUGAAUGGGCGUCUGAAGGGACGUUCUAUCCCUGGCGUUCGGUCUGUGACAGCCCAUUCACAUGUUCAGGGAUUCUUCCCUCGAAGCAGCCCUUAGCGUCGAGUUCUCCCCUGCUUCAAGGACACCUUUCUUGCAGGAUCUCCUGUCUGCCCUGCUGUGGCUGCUGCCCAAGCCACCAUGUAAAUAGAACAGGUAAGAGGAAGAGGAAAUUUGCAUGGAGCGGGGAGAACACCCUACAAGUUGAGCGUACAUUUUUAUGCUAUGGGGGCAUUUCUGGGGGAAAAGGCUGACACUAUUAAGACAGAUUUAGGAACUGGGGGACAAGUACCAUUGUCCUUGACCAGAGUACAACUGCAAGGAUUACAAAACUUAGUGAUUUUAUGCCCUGUGAAUUUCCACAGCAGCAUGGUAUGACAGGGCGAUAAUUGGGGAACCUGCCGACAGUGAGAGCCCAUUCGCAUGAGAACCCAUACGAUAUCCUGCUUCCUCCACAGAGUCAUGACUCCAGGGAUGAGGCUCCAACUCCAGCUCCCGGGAUAAAGGACCAGAGGACAUCUCUGUGGUUCCUGGUUGCCAUCCCUCGCGCCUCUUCCCCACUGCCCUUUCUCUGCGGGCAUGGCUCAAUCUCGGCCCUGUUUGGUGCAGAAGCAGCAGCCAAAGUUUCUUCUCAUGCUGGGAACAGCAUCUCCUCUCCUUUCUGA